AUGGAGACGUUUAAAUCCCUAUUCGUAAAGCCGGAUCCCCAGCAGCAGAUGCGGAAAUGCAACGCUCUGCUCCGAGCCAACGUCCGAAAACUCGAUCGCGAUAUCGCUCAGGCAGACAAGCGCGCUCAGCGAGAUCCCACGAGGGCCAAGCAGGCGCAGAAGGAAGUUCGGGACUUUGCGCGCGAGCUGGUCCGAGCCCGGAAGACGUCGGCGCGGCUAGUCACCUCGAAGGCGCAGCUCAACUCAGUGCAGAUGCAGGUCAAUGAAGCCUUUGCCGUUCGUAAGAUUGAGGGCUCCAUCCGAGCCAGCGUCGGCAUCAUGAAGGACGUCAACACCCUCAUCCGGCUGCCCGAGUUAUCCGGCACGAUGCGAGAGCUCAGCGUUGAGCUGAUGAAGGCAGGCAUUAUCGAGGAGAUGAUUGAUGAGUCGCUGCCCGAGGACAUGGAUAUGCUAGGAGAAGAUGAAGAGGCCGAGGGUGAGAUUGAAAAGAUCCUAGGCGAGGUCCUCAAGGACAAGAAGGAGCCGUCCCUUCCGGCCGCGCCCAUCCCCGAGCCGGAGAAAUUGGCGGCGGAGGAAGAGGAGGACGAGGAAGAUGCGGAGGCAAUGAUGGACCAGAUGAGGAAUCGAUUAGAUGCCCUGCGCAGUUAG